AUUUUCUAUUAAAUUUGAAUCAGUCAGAUACUAAUUAUGCAGAUUUUACCAGAGCUAAUUUAUUUUGCAUGAACGGUUGAGAUUCAAAAUUUAACCACACGUGAGUAACAGUUAUGACACGAUGCCUCCAUCUCUCUCUCUUCCUGUUUCUCUUUAAGGUUUCUUCUUCCUUAUAUUUUUCUGAGAAACAUUGUCUCCGUCAUUUGUUCCUCAGUUUCUAUCAAUCCUCACGGUUCCUCAGGCACUGUACUGGGAAAAUCUCUGUCUUUUAUUUAUCUUCUCCUUCAAUCUCUCACUCCCAAAAAUCCAGUAACAUCAUCGAAGAUUCAAAGAGAAAGCGAUCAGUGAUCUCGAACGAUCGUGAUAGUGUUGAUCUUGAGUGAGAAUGGCUUCGACACCUUGUGCAGCUUGCAAGCUCUUGAGACGAAAGUGCACUCAAGAAUGCGUCUUUGCGCCCUAUUUUCCACCAACUCAGCCUCAGAAGUUCAUAUAUGUUCACAAAGUCUUUGGAGCAAGCAAUGUAACCAAGAUCCUCAACGAUCUCCCACCUCCAAGCCGCGAAGACGCUGUUAACUCCCUCUACUAUGAAGCCGAGGCCCGUAUCCGUGACCCAAUCUACGGAUGCGUUGGUCUAAUCUCCUUCUUACAACAAUGUCUCAAGAAAAUCCAACAAGAUCUUGUCACUGCAAAAGAAGAGCUUGCUGGUUACAUUGGACCCGAUGCUGUGAAUCCACAACAGCCUUAUCUUCCUCCUCUGGCCAAUAACCCUCCACCCAAUUUCAUGAUGGCUAUGGAAGGAAUGCCCCAUGGAGUGGUCCCUCAAGGAGAACCGUUGAUCAUGCGCGAACCAAACAUGCCUCAGCAUCAACAUCAACCGCAAGAUGAGCAGAUGCAACUCAUGGGUACUGAUGCACAUAGAAUGGCUGCAAUGAUUUUGGAGAGAGGAGACCAGCAAGGGAUGUUCAACGGUUACGGGAUAGACAACAAUGGGUCGGUUACAGCCACUGGUUUUAACCAGAUGGAUGUGAAUGAUCACACAUCUGGUGGGUCGAUGUCUGGACCAUCUCUUGCUUUAGGAAGCUUUGGUGAUGCUUAUCAAAUGGGUCACGAGACAGAGCAUCACAUCAGUCAUGAUCAGCUUCAGACACAGCUUAUGCUUCAGCCUCCAUUACAGGAAGGUCAAGAGCAAAAUGAAGGACAGUUUCUGAUGCAGCCAAUGGGACAAGAGAAUCUCCAUGAAGAAGAGGAUGAGGAAGAGCUUGAGCCACCGGUUAAGUGGAGGAAAUCUGAGAGCAAGGAAGCUAGUUAUUAAUUAAGACCAAGAAAAUAAGACAUUUUCAUUUCAUGGAUAGUUACUCUUGAGGGUCUAAGUUGCUUUUUUAAUUUAAUAAAUGGCAUUUUUCAAUGA